GCUAACUGUUACUGUAAAAAAAAAGGUAAACAAAUAAACAUUCGUGCGUCUGCAAGUGGUGAUCAACAGUAAAAAGGUUAUUUAACAGAAGCUGACAGAUAAAAUCUGUAGCAAUUUAUGAUUUGUUGUACAAUGUCAACGCUUGCCUCCAAAAACCGCAAUCCUUAACUUAAGCGUCCGGCUUUUCGACUUGAUGGACGCGCUUGGUUGGUUGAAAGUUGGGUCUGAUGGAUACGCAGCUCGUUUCGAAUCGGACGAAGAGAAUUAUGUAAUCUAUCUCACCGACAUGGCUUCACUUUGGUGUCAACAACAAACCGCUGCUGAAAUCAUGAAACGAUGCCAGGAUUUAAACCCAUUGAUUGAGUCAACAUCAAAAGGUUUGAUUCGACAACUUCGCGCAUGCUUGGCUAAUAAUCCCGAAAGUCACAAUCUUCACGUGGAUUCCAAUAACCAAACAGCCAUUUUGAAAAUUGAGUCUCGCUUGGAGAGUAACAUUCCUUUUAUUUGGCAAUUUGAUCUGUCGCUAGAAACGGCUGAUCAGUUUCGUUCCUUUGUAAUUCGCCCAUUGUUGGCUAUGCUAAGUGAAGCCGCAAGUAUCGAAGACGAGCUUUGCAACAUCAUCAGAAGCAAAGAUAAGCAGAUUGAUGACUACAAAGCCUCUGGUGCAUCCGUAUCCCGACGGCAUUUGGAAACCAAAGAAUUCAACGCCGAGGCCUUCUUCGCUGCACGUCCAUCGCGUACAAUCGACGAGAGCGUCAAAGAGGAUAUGACAGCACUAUUUUGUCGGAUCGUCAUUAGAUUAAAACAGCUGUAUUCUGCCAUUGUCAAGAGGAUUUUAUCACAAAAAGUAGUGCCUGUUCUAGACGAAUCAUCAGAACCAACAAAAUCAAUUUCGGAAGACAUUGAAACUCCAAGACAGUCGUCACCAAAGGUAAGUGAAGCAAGCCGAGCAGAAAACAUUAGAAAGCGGUUACUCGAGGAAGAGCUGAAUGAAAUGGCUAAAAGCGUAAAAAAUGCCAGAAUUAAGAAGAUUUUGUAAAUUUUGGUCGCUAUAGGGCUUUUUAAAAAUGUGUUGACUUUUUAACCCGCAAUCGUAAAAGAAGUAUUGCAUGACAGCUUGGUAUUCAUAUUUUUUAUUGUUCAGAUUAAACAUCUAUGACUACUUUGAAUUGGAAAUGGGGCAACCACCAAAAAAGUGUUAAAGCACCGCUUGCUUUAUCAGCCCAAGUGAUUGAUUUUCCUGUCUUCUUAUCGACACUUCAUUGUUUGUCUUCCUGUUUGUUUUGUCUUCUUAUCGACACUUCAUUGUUUGUCUUGCCUGUUUAUUUUGACAGUUCCCAGAAAUCGCAAAUUUUCUAGGUAGGGAAUUCGUCAGCGCAUUAGAACUUAGGGAAUGGAGAUCAAAAAUCCAUGAUGGCCGCUUUUUUUUUUUCUUUUCCUCCGGUCACAUUUUCUCACUCAACCUCUAGCUGGAAUUGAAAUGGAGCUAAAUGACACAUAUAUUGUACCGCACCCAACCAGUUCAACAUUUUUCUCUCUGUGUUUUCAAAAGUGUUGUGUUCAAUUCAGUUCGUCAAGUUUUAAAUGAGUCUUCCUCAUUUCCUUACUACGCUGACCCAUUAUCAUCGCCUUUGGGAGUAUGGUAGUGUUUGAUUGAAGCUGAAAAAAGGGGAUUGGCUGAAGUACGUUGUAAGAAAACAUAGAAGUCGAAAACAAAAACUGCUUUUCAAACGGCUUUUUUCCCACUACUAUCACUCACCGUGUCAGAGUUGGCCCGAUUAAAGAGAAGGUUCAGAUGAAGCUGUAGCGUUCCAGGCGAGACAAGUCGGAAACCAGGUCAGUGCAGAAACCUUAAUGUACCUGUGUAACCCGGAACUCAUACCUUAUUUACCAAUGAGUUCAUUUGGGUUGGCGAUCCUUACAAAAUUAAUGCCGAAAUAUCGGUAAAACCACAACUAGUUCACAUCCUUCCCUUCUUGAGUGUUUUACCUUUGGGUAUGAAAGUUUCAAGUGUCGAAAUGAAGAUGUAAAUAACUGAAUUUCCAUUUAAAUGUUUCUUUGUUGAUGCUUAUGCGUAAAAUGUGUGCAUGAAGAGACACGAUCAAUUAUUUUCAAUGACAAGAAA